CAGGUGCAUGGAUGUAAACAUAACCUUUUUUGAUCUGUGCUGAAAAAUGACGUGUGCUUCCUAAUUUCAUGGUUUAUAAAUAUAUUUCAAUUCUAUUUAGUUGGCAAUCAAUUAAGCAUAGCAUAAGCUAACAUUUAACUGGGAUAAAUUACGCUUGGAAUUGAAUUUUGUUACAUUCAUGUUAGAGCAAACCAUAGAAACACGAAGUUGACAUAAUGUGCGAAGCAAAUAUCACGGAGACAGCCAGCAUUGCGGAGAAUGAGAAAAAUCCAUAUGCAUAUCUCGAAAGGGAUGAUUUUACAUCUGAAAAGUACAAAAUAGAAGUGCGUGGCUUACCUAAAUAUUAUGGAAUUGGCGAGUUCAAGAAACUAUUGAAUGAAAAGCUGGAUUUGCAAUUGUGUAAGGUAAAGCCACCCAGGAAAAGUAGUGGUUGGCUAUAUGUAUGUUUCAGAAGUGAGGAGUGUCGUCAACGAGCGAUAACCAGUAUAAAUGGAAUUUUGUGGAAAAACAGUAAACUUACCGCGCAGGUAGCUAAACCUGCUCCAGAUCCCUUUGUGAAAAGAAAACUAGAAGAAGAAUCUAAUAAUAAGCGUUUAAAAACUAAUGCUGAGGAUCCAAAUUGCUCUCCUAUGGAUAAAAUCAAAUUUAUUACCACACCUUUAUGGAAUAUGCCAUAUACAGAUCAACUAGAACUUAAACAAAAGGAAAUGAAAUCUAUCCUGAUAAAAAUUGGCCAUCAAAUGGUUAAAGAAAGUAAAGCUUUAACAGAUUGGGUGAAUUCACAAAAGAAAUUGUAUGAUGGUUUGCCUUGUAAACUGCAAAAUAUACUUUCAACAAAUAUUACAGAGGCAUAUAGAAAUAAAUGCGAGUUUACGAUUGGUAAAGACAGUGAACAAAGCAAAGUUAUGAUUGGAUUUAGAUUAUCAAGUUAUGCUUCGGGUUCUACAGCAGUUGGACCUAUCGAUGAUCUUUGUCACAUUCCUGAAAAUAUGAAGGUUGCUGUCAAGAUAUUAGAAACAUUUAUACAUGAGUCAAAUUUAGAACCUUUUAAUCCAGUUGAUCAUAGCGGAUAUUGGAGGCAAGUUACCGUUCGAAUCACUCGUGCUAAUCAUUUAAUGCUGAUAGUAGGUAUACAUCCUCAGGAUUUAAGUAGCGACGAAUUGAAAAAGCUGAAAUCACAAUUAAAAAUAUUUUUCGAAACUGGGAAAGGUGUCGACGCUCAUGUCACUUCUUUGUACUUUCAGACAAUAGAUAAGAAGUAACUAUAUCAUAUUAGUGGAACAGAGUAUAUAGAAGAAACGCUACUCGGAAUGAAGUUCCGAGUUUCGCCUCAGGCAUUUUUUCAAGUUAAUACAUUAGGAGCGGAGAUCUUGUACAAAGCGGCGAUCGAUCUCGUUGAACCUACAAUAGAUACAGCAUUACUUGACGUAUGUUGCGGUACUGGAACCAUAGGCCUUUGUUUUUCGAAGUAUUGUGGUGAAGUACUGGGAGUGGAAGUUGUUCCCGACGCUAUAAAAGAUGCGAAGGAAAACGCUAUCAAAAAUGGUAUUACUAAUUGUGAAUUUUUUGUCGGAAAGGCGGAAGACGUUUUAUCGCCUAUUAUUCAGAGGACAACAAAAUCUAAUAUCACUGCCGUUGUGGACCCACCACGAGCAGGUUUACAUCAAAAGGCUUUAUUGACACUGCGUAAGGCAAAAAAAUUGAGUAGAUUGGUGUAUAUAUCGUGCGAUCCUCGUGCGGCCAUGAGAAAUUUAAUUGACUUAGCGCGACCUAGUUCCAAGCAGUACCUUGGUGAACCCUUGGUACCGGUAAAGGCCAUUGCGAUUGACAUGUUUCCUCAUACCAAGCAUUGCGAAUUGAUAUUGUGCCUUGAAAGAUUAUCGAAGGCGAUGAAAUCAAAUGAAUGUACUAUUCAAAAAAGUACCGAAUAAAAAACAUUUAAACGUA